AUGAGGCUGUUUGUAGCGUUAUCUGUUUAUGUAGCAUUAUGUACUGGUAGUGCGAUCCCAAACUCGGAUCAGUAUCCGCCUGUACCAGGGGACAACAGUCACUAUGUAGAAGGAGUGAGUCGCUAUAUAUGGAUGCCCGAUGGAGACAACAAGAUUCAUCUGGUAGAUCUUAAAGCUACCAGCAGAGACGCUCAAUUGUUAAAUGGAUUCAAUAACCGAUACUGGCUAUACACUAGACGUAAUCCAACGAACCAUCAGGUUCUGACGGUCAACGACGAUAAUUCCGUACGCAACUCUAACUACAACAGAAACUUACCAACUAAGGUUGUGGUCCACGGAUGGAACAGCAAAGGCAGUUCAUCAAUGAACCCAAUGAUUCGUGAUGCUUUCCUUCGAGUUGGCGACUAUAACGUUAUUGUCGUCGACUGGAGAAGAGCCGCAGCUGGAGUUUACACAACAUCAGUACAAUCAGUUCCUGGAAUUGGUCAUCAUCUUGGUCAUUUUCUGAACUGGUUGAUCUCCAGACACGGUGGUAACUGGAACAACGUGCAUCUUGUUGGCUUCAGUCUAGGGGCUCAUGUUGUUGGAAACGCUGGUCGUACCGUUGGUGGACGUGUUGGACGUAUAACUGGAUUAGAUCCCGCAGGUCCUCAAUGGGGACCGAGGAAUUCAAAUACCCUAAGCAGAAACGAUGGACGUUACGUAGAAACCAUCCACACUGAUGGCGGUAAACUGGGUAUCUUUGAUGUUAUUGCUGACGCUGAUUUUUACCCGAAUGGUGGUAGACAUAGACAGCCUGGGUGCGCUUUAAGCCCGUGCUCUCACAGUCGUUCCUACGAAUUUUUUGCUGCUAGCGUAACCCAUGACCAUUUUGUUGGAAGACAAUGUAACAAUCUUAACGAAGCACGCAACCAACGGUGUAAUGGAAGGCAGCAUAAGAUGGGCAAUGCUCAAUUAAACAAAAGCGGAAGUGGCCUAUAUGGAUUAACUACAGGUUCAAAACAUCCAUUCUAA